AUGAAGGUUCCUUUCUUCAAAUACAUCCUGAUAGUAGGCGUUAUCAUCUACGCCACUGCUGCUUUGGCCAUCCCCGAGCUUGAUGUGGAUAUCCAGGACCUACAAGAGCGAUCUGAGGCAAUGUUCACCUCACAGAAGGAAGCCGACAUCGAGAACCCGAUCGGCAUCGAUCACAAGCUGAAGCCACGAGCCAACACCGGGGGGGCCAACCAGCCUCUUCGUGUGCCCGUCACACAACUCAAUCCAAACGGGGGUGGUCUCCCCAUCGAUAUUACCGGCCUCGGUCCCCAAGUCGCUGGUGGCGAUGUUCAAGGCCUUCGUCUCGCCGCCCUUGGUGGUGGGGCUGGUGGUGGGGCUGGUGGUGGGGCUGGUCGCGGAGUUGUUGGUGGAGCUGGUCGCGGAGUUGUUGGUGGAGCUGGUCGCGGAAGAGGCAACAAUGGUCGCGGAAAAAACAACAAUGGUCGCGGAAAUAAUGGUGGUCGUAGAAGACCUCGCCCACCUGCUGUUUAA